GCUGGUGUCCAGGCAGACUGGUGGGCAGCAAGCCAGGGCUAAGCUGGUCUGAGAACUGUCCGGCAGAGAGUCUCUUUACGUGGUUGCUGAGAUGGAGGGAUCUCUGGUGGGGUGUGCCAAGGGCGAGCACUUCCACGUGGUCACGCCUCUGCUGGAGAGCUGGGCACUGUCCCAGGUGGCGGGCACAACUGUCUUCCUCAAAUGUGAGAAUGUGCAGCCAGCCGGCUCCUUCAAGAUCCGGGGCAUCGGGCAUUUCUGCCAGGAGAUGGCCAAGAGGGGAUGCAGACACCUGGUGUGCUCUUCAGGUGAUCCCACCCUUUUCUGCUUUGUCUGGGAUGAGGCCAAUCUGAGAGCACAAGAGUUGGCUAAGAGGGAUGGCUGGGUGAACGUCCCCCCGUUUGACCACCCCCUGAUAUGGGAAGGCCAUGCCAGCCUGGUGUGGGAGCUGAAGGCAGCACUGGGGACACCACCAGGUGCCCUGGUACUGGCAGUGGGAGGUGGGGGGCUUCUGGCCGGGGUGGUAGCUGGCCUCGUGGAAGUGGGCUGGCAGCACGUGCCCAUUGUCGCCAUGGAGACCCGCGGGGCACACUGUUUCAAUGCGGCCAUCGAGGCAGGCAGGCUGAUCACACUGCCGGGCAUCACCAGCGUGGCCAAGAGCCUGGGUGCCAAGACGGUGGCCGCGCGGGCCCUGGCAUGUAUGCAGGAGUGUGAGAUCCUCUCCGAGGUGGUGGAGGACAGUGAGGCUGUGAGUGCCAUGCAGCGGUUCUUGGAUGAUGAGCGUAUGUUAGUGGAGCCUGCCUGCGGGGCAGCCUUGGCCGCCAUCUACUCAGGCCUCCUGGGGAGGCUCCAGACUGAGGGCCGCCUGCGCCCUCCCCUGACGUCAGUCGUGGUCAUCGUGUGUGGAGGCAACAACAUUGACAGCCAAGAGCUGCAGGCUCUGAAAACCCAGCUGGGCCAGAACUGAGGGGUCCUGGCCUGGGAGGGCUGGCCGGGCUCUGGAGACCCCUGAGAGGCCCAUGAACACCCUUGUGGCUGGCUGAGCGGGGCCUCUGUGCUGGUGGAUGACGGUGGAAACUUCCCUGUGCUUCUGCGCUGGCCACCUCCAGCAGGAAGCCCUCCUGAAAUGCAGCCCCUGCAGCCCCAGCUAACAAACCCUUUCUGAGUUGACUUUGUCACUCCCACAGGUCCUGUCUUUUCACCUCCAUGAGCUCACAGGAAGCACAGGACAGUCCCGAAGGCAGUUCUUGACAAAGUGACUCCAAGUCACACAGCAUGGGCAACAAAGCCAAGGCUUGCGACUCAGGUGUCUAAAGGAAUCCAGCUAUGCUGAGCUCCUAAAAGGGCUUCCCUUACCUGGAGGAGCAGCUCAGGUGGACAGGCUGUCCCCUCCACCAGGCGCCUCCUUCUUUUCUCAAGAGCAGGACUUGAGAGCUGCUGUGAUCUCCCUCUGUGUCCCUGUGGCCUCGGUUGGUCUCAUUCUCUCUUCAACCCCAGACAUAGCCCUCGACUGCCAGGGACUACCCCUCUGGAAGCCACCAGGACCCAGCCCUAUCUCCCUGGAGUCACUUGUUCUGAGUUCCCCAGAGCUGGACUCAGCCAGACCUGAACCUGAACUCUGCUCCUACUUACUGGGCUGGUGACCUUGAGCAAAAGAGCAGCGCCUCAGUGUUCUCAUCUGUAAAAUGGGUUGUUUGAGGAUUGUUUCUGUGGACCCGACAUAUGUAGUCUUUCAAUAAAUGUUCUUUUUUACUUUC